GGCCUUGUCUCUGUCAGCAUCCAGCAUGAGCAAGCAGUAGCUGGGUCGCUUUUCUCGAGUGUUUUGUCUAAUUAUCACGGGCACAGUUUAUCUAAAUCGUUCUCCCUUGUUCUAUUUGCGAAGGUUGGUAAGUCCGGACCGACGGAGAUGAGCGAAGAUAUGUCCGAGGGGCAGGCCAAGCAGAAAGCCCAAGCGUCGGCACGCAGAGCUCGUGAACGUGAGCUGUCAGCACGCAGGGCUCGAGGAGAAAUAUCCUGUGCAGAAUGUCGACGGUUAAAACUGAAGUGCAAUAAGAAGGUGCCAUGUUCAUCGUGUAUUCGGCGAGGGUGUCAUACGAUUUGUCCAAAUGGAUUGCUCACAACUGGACAAGGGUCGAGAUUCGUUCUGGCAAAUACCGAUAAGUUACACGGCAAACUGUUGCAGAUGAGCGAACGCAUACGACAACUUGAAGACGCAUUGCAGAUUGCACAAUCAAGCAUCUCCUCAGCACCUCACCCUCUCCUUUCUGGGAAGUUGUUGUCCGUAAAAUCAGGCGUCGACAGCCUGUCAGCCGAGCAGGACAAAACCGGCGAGGCUUCUGAGGAUGAAGAAGAAAUGUUUACGGCUUUUGGAACCUUGACAGUGACUGAACACGGCGAAUCACGCUUUAUCGGCCGUGUUGCGGCAGAUAAUUUGCUAGCGAACGAACCAAACGAUGGGACAUCCAACCAACUUAACUCUGUUCAAAGCGAGGAGCUGGAGAUAGAUCUUACUCUCCCAGAUGCUUUGAUUCAUGCGUACAGGGAUUUCCCCUUUUCCCGUGCACAUAUGCCCAAGAUACAGUUGAUUGCACUCAUCAUCGAGUACCUUCCUUCGUACGAACGGGCAACUGCACUGGCCGAAGCCUAUCUUGAGAAUUUAGCAUGGUUCCCUCGUCCGAUCGCUCGGGAGCAAAUCAUGGAGGACCUUAUCCCAUUCAUUUACAAGGGUCGCCGCGCGCAGCUCCCGGAUGAUGCAAACGACGACGGGAAAUACAAUGGCGUCCAUAGAAUGCACACCCUUGCGCUAUUGCUUGCAGUAUUUGCAUGUGGUGCGGCUGCUGAUUUGACCCUUCGGCCUCUUAAUCGAGAGGGACAGCUGUAUUAUUAUUUAUCCCGAGCGGCCUUGGGUCUCCAUUCGAUGAUGGAAGGCGGAGCAUCACUCGAAACAGUACAAACCUGCUCACUGCUUGGCUCCUAUGACUUCUUCUCUUGUAGAAAAGCGAAUAUGGAAUCGACAUGGAAACUAGCUUCUCUGUCCCUCGUUCUUGCCGCAAGCAUUGGGCUUCAUCGUGAUCCUGCUCAUUGGGAUAUGGAGUAUAGAUACAUGCAACGUCGAAGACAUGUUUUCUGGGAGCUCUAUGCUCUCGAUAAGUGGAAGAGCCUUGGAACUGGUCGACCUUCCAUAUUUCACCAGCAAGAAGUGGACUGCGAAUUUCCCGAAGUUGACCCUGCCGUGGGUAGUGAUGAGGACGCAUUAAACGCUUUGUUCAGGUGGCGCCAACGUUUUAACAAAGAAAUUGCUGCGGGUUUAGCUGAACAUCUAGGCAUGACACGACCGAUCAAGUUUUCCGAAAUCAUGGAAUUUGACCGAAGAAUCCGAGACUUUGCCGAUCCACCAGUGCCUCAAACUGGUCCGGAUGGUGGGCCAACUGACGACCCGAGAUUUACUUUGUGGUUACAGCACAAGCAAAUAGCGCUUCUUUUUGUCCACAGAAACUUUUUCGCAAGGGCGAUGAUUAAGUACUCAGCAAAUCCAUUACGCAGUCCUUUUGCACCGUCAUUCCUUGCGGCUUAUGCUUGUUCGAUCAACAUUCUACGGUGUGCGCGCUUAUGCUAUGACCAGAAUCCGGCACUGGUCUUACGGAUCUGGCCUCUCUGGACUCAUUGCCUUACAUCGGGUGUAAUUCUCGGUUCCGUUGCUUCCAGGGUCGAGCAGACGCAACUCGCGAAUGCCGCGCUCCAUGACCUCAAGCUUGCCAUCGCGUUUUUUCAGAAGGCAGGGGACACACACCCUGUAGCGCAGCAGGGCUUGCCGGUCCUUACUCGUCUCCGUGACAAGGCGACUAUGGCACUGCUGAGUAAGUUGGACGAUAUCGGACGGUCCCCGUCAGAGGCAGUUAAGGUGAAAGUCGAGCCUAACGAAACGGAAGAACUCAGAACACUUUCUGGUGCCCCUCGCUUAGUUCGACAUAAACACAAGAGGAAGGAAGAUUAUGUUCUGGGGUCUCCGUCACAACGGAGCGCUAGCGAUAAAUCCAGUACACCAAAAUCUAAUUCUGCCAGCAAGGAGUCGUCGCCGUCCCCAUUACUUGCAAUGGAGACGUCUAGUAGUUUCACACCAGCGUCCUCGUUCUGCAUGUCUGCCGGUGUAACAGAUAUGACCAGUCCGGGUGAACACGAGCCAGUUUUCUCACCGUCUGGUCAGUCACUUCCUUCCACGCAGCCAGCAUUCACCCCAGCAGAACAAGAUAUCGAUAUGUUAUUGAAUAUGUUCUACGGGAAAACUUCGGAUUCAUCUAACUUGAGCAGUGCCGGAUUCGACUGUGACCCUCAGAUUUAUGGCCAACCGUCUGGCAUCCCGCAGGUUUCCUCUCCUACACAAUUCCAGCAGUAUUCACAAGGCCCAAUGGAUCCCCGAACCCAGACGGCUUUCGCAUCUGGUUCUUCUGGUAUGGGAAAUAGCCCAUGGUUGUCUGAUGCAUCUCAACUUGGAUCCAUGAUAGCUGGGGCGUUUGGUGGACAAGUUCCGCCUUACGAUGCUAUGGUGAACGCUGGGAAGACAUCGCCAGCUUACGAUACGGACCUCGUCCCUGGAAACGAUUUUGGUCGACGGUCGGAGGUUAGUGGUGACGCUGCGCAGUUCAUGGCGGAUUGGCAGCUCCAAGCGGCGCUCCACGGUUCCAUCUUCCCUGAAACAGGCGGUGAUACAACUAUGUCCUUCUAACCACAGGGUUUGCUGCAUUACUUCUUUUCCCUUUUCUUUCUCUGUAUUUACUGAUAUUAUCGCCCUGGAUUCGUUUAUCUCUCUGUUUUCUUCAUACUAUUAUCCCCUCUUUUGCUCAUGUACAUUAUGACAGAAUACUUGUACCCCAACUCCGUUUACUAAGACUUGCUUCAUUCAAGAUAAUUAAAAUAACC